UACAAAUUGGAGACAUUGAUGCUCUAUCAAAAUACUCAAACAAAAGGGUUUAAUCUCAGAGAUAUCACCUCAAAACUCGCUAAAUGAUUAUUAAUUCUGAUGCUUGCUAUUUCUCUCGUACACUCAUCAGAAAUAGCAACACUUCUAAAAACACCGAGAGAUGAGAAAUUCUCUUCUGAAGCAUUCUUACCCGAUAAGUUUGAUGCAAGGGAGAAAUGGCCUAAUUGUUUUGACUCUCUUCCAGAUCUGAAGACUUAUUCUAGCAAUGAUGUGCUCCCAGCACAGAUAUUAUCAGAAAGAUUUUGUAUCAUGGAUCCUUCAAGUUAUAACAUUCACUUGUCAUCCCAACAGAUUGUUGAAUGUGCAACUGAAGGAGGCUGGAAGUACUUAUCCAAGAAUGGAGUCAUGACAAAAGGAUGUUACCCUGAUUUCCCCAGGAAGACAGUCUGUGAUGAUAAAUGUCUUGAUAACAAAGCUUUUGAGACCAGAUAUUUUGCAAAAGGACUGAGAAAUGUUACUUAUUCAAUCCGGGAGGAGCUUAUGGCUAAAGGACCAGUCUCAGCUCCACUUAAACUAGGAGCAUCAUUUAAGAGUUACACAGACGGAAUCUUUUCUGAUUGAGGAGGGACUAGAGGUACUGUAGAAACUGUCAAAAUUGUUGGGUGGAAUAGAGAAGGAGAUGUCCCUUACUGGAUUGUCUCAACUAACAGAGGAUCUGAUUGGGGUGAAAAUGGAUACGCCAAAGUUCAGCAAACAGUCUCUUGCUCCUUGUUCUUAGAAGAUGCAUAUGCUGCUGAUCCUAAAAUAUAACCCUCAAAUAUUUCCAACAAA